AUGGUGAGUGUCAUGAGGAGCUGCAUACAGUCAAUAUUAAAGUUAGUGAAUUGUGUUGUAGGAAUGGUUGGUAUAGCAAUGGUGUUGUGUGUAAUUGGAUAUGUUUGGGGAGAGGGAAAGCUGGCCAAAGAGGAUAAAGAUGGCAGAAAUUGUUGUCAGAGAAUCAAAAGAAGACGUAGAACAGAAGGAAGAAAAAAGCGGCCAUGGUCUGAACUUCCAGUAGACCUACUGGGUUUAGUAUCAUCCUAUCUCUUUGCCAUUGAUCCAGAUGCAAUUGGCACCAUCCGUUUGACUUGCAAAACCUGGGGAUUGGUAUUGGAUUCUAUUGCUCCACUCCCACCACCUCCAUUUGAUCUAUUAUUACCUCAUAAUAAUCAUCCAUAUUUGAUGUCAUUAAAGGACCAUACGUGCAAAUUCUUCCACCCAGUACUUGACCAUGCUUUUCAGAUGAACAUUCCUGAAUUAUCCGAUGCAAUUAUCCACUUUUCAAAGCAAAGUUGGCUGCUUUUAUGUCGAAAAGAUGGUGAUGUCUUCUUUUACAAUCCUUUUUCAAGAGAGAAAAUAACACUUCCAAAACUUGGUCCAAGACAUGAUAUCACCACAAUGGAGAUGUUAUUUCUUAGGGGAGAUAUAAGAGUAUUUGAUCUCAAAAGCAAUAAGUUUUCCAUACAUGGGUUAUCCCUUACUCAAACUCAGCUUAAUUCACUUUACCGAAAUUUCUUGGUACAAAGUAAUGGAGAACUGUUGAUUGUAUUUGUGACUGACGGAGAGCAGAGCAUUUUUGUCAAGGGAAUAAAUAUAUCAAAGAAAAUGGUGUGUCGACCAUUGCAGAAGCUGAGCAAUAAAAGGCUCUACAUUAGUUAUGGAGGUUCCUUUUCAGCACCAGCUAUGGAGAGAGCAAUUGGAAAUAAGAUUUACUUUCCAAAGAUUCUGAACAACAGCUGCAUAUUCUACUCACUUGCUACAAGAAAGUAUCAUUCCUUUUAUGGAGAUUAUUCAAGCGGGAUACCUCGUGGUGUUAAGGAAUUCACUAAUUGUGCUUGGAUUGAAAGAAACUACCCUUAA